AUGUCUUUGUCGGUGACCGAGUGGUGCGCUGAGGCCGGCUCACGCGGUGUCCAUGAACCGAGCGCGUCGGCAGUGGGCGAAGCAGGUACAGCGAGUUGUAGCUACCGAGCUGACGAAACGUUGGCAACACAGCUGAUAACGGAGCGAUGUGCGGUGCCAGGCGAGUCACACGCCCCCGUGGACGGCACAAACGAUCCAGAGUCCGUGAAUGCAACUGCGAGCUCGGAUGAGGGUCGGAAUCGUAAGCUCUCCUUGAUAAGUACCUCGUGCGGUAGUGACUAUGGAGAGCAGGGCGAGCUUCAAGAGCCUUUAGCCGGUUCAGGCGACGCCGGCCUCUUGCAAGGAGUCUGUGAGCGUUGCCGGGCUGUACACGACCGGUCUUACGGCAGCGGUCGUUUCUGCAGCGUCCAGUGUGCUCGGAAAGUAGCAGCCAAGGCCAAAUGGGAGCGCCACCGUUCUCAAAGACGUGCCACAGUCCCGCAUGAGACCAGCAAGGGCUCGACGUACAAGCAGGUGACGGAGCGUCCCGGAAAGGAGCACCCCCAUAAGCGAUGGCGAACAUGCGCUCUCUCGCGGACGCAUCAAGACGCUGGGAGGCAGGCUCUGAUAGCUUCAGAUGCGCUGCUGCAACGUACGCGCUCGCCACACAUCCUGGGCCGCCUCUAUCCGGCAACCGCACCAGGUAUCUAUCUACCAUAUUCGUGGACGCAUCUGGACGCGCUGCUGCACCAGCAGCCUAAACAUGGAUUGCAUGAACCGGAGGCUGUCCAGCAGGGCGAACUCGGCUCGAACGGGUGGCCUCUUCCUGGUCACGCGUGCACGGCUGCUGCUGCCGCCGCCACCGCCACUGCCACGGUGUCGCGGGGCAUCGGCCAGGUACCGCUCCCGCCGUUCUCGGUGGCGUUCCGUAGACAUUGCGCUCAGAGCACGCAGCACCUGUGCAGAAGCGUACAACCUCUACAUUGUCGUGAGCAGAAUCUGCCCUCGUUCGAGAAAGUGCUUCGAUUCGCAAAGGCGAUGCCGUCGAUAUGGUCCGUGCAGACGACAUACCUGCGGGAUCCUUUCCGCUACACCAUUUGA